AUGGCGACUCUCGGAAUCUCCAAGACUCUCCCCCCACAAAAUAUCCCCAAAGACAAGAUGAUGGUCGAUCCGUUCGAGGUGCGCAUGCGUUUUACGAUGCAGUUGCAGCACCUAAGCGCCUCAGUCACAUCGUCGCAAAAAGCUGCCCACUAUGCCCUCAAAUAUCGCGACCUGGACGAAGACCUCCACUCAUGCAUUCUGGAGCAGCUUGAACGAAACAACAUGAACAAUCGCGCCAACAUCAUGUACUUCAUCGAGCAUUUCUGCGAAAUGGCCAUCAAGGAGAACCAUACUCCCUAUGUGCGAAUGAUGGAGCGGGACAUUCUUCGCGUGGUCGAUGCCGUCGUGCCCCCCGAUGGCACUGGAGCCGCCAACGUCAAGCACGUCCGACGAGUCUUGACCAACCUGCAAACCAAGGACAUUCUCUCUGCCGAAACCGUCGCGAACAUCGACGCCGCACUUAAAGACCGCGACACUCACCCAGCCCACCUAGAUCUGGAGCAACAAGAUGCCCCCGGGGGUAACACCACCUCCAAGACCGGGACCCCGGCCAGCUCCAAGGCCCCCGGCAUGCGCGUGGACAAGCGACAGAUCGAGCAGCGGAUCGAAGAGGAUCGGGAGCGAAACAAACGCCUACGGGAAAGCAUGUGGGCCACGACCGGGGAUGACGCCGAUGAGUACGCCCAGCUCUGCGAUGAGCUCAGCGACAUUGGUGAGGACGACUUCAUCCGAGCUCGGGAGGAGGCCAUGGAACGCCAGCAGGUGGCUGGCUCCAUCAGGGCCCAGGAAGACCAACACCCACAGAUGGUUGAGUCUAUGUAA